AGUGCAGAAAAAGACGCUGUCUCUGCUGAAGGAUGAGAAACCCCUCCCGUGUGGCCACCUCCAGGAGGGUAAUCAUGUUGCCAUCUCUCCUCCUUCUAUCUAUCCUUUCUCCUUCCAGUCUAUAUCCCUAUCUUUUUGUUCCCUAAAAUCCCAAAAAAAACCCCAAAUCAUCCUUUCAAUUUCUGCAAGCUUUUUGUGAUUCCUCUUUCAAAAACACAAAAAUAUCGUUGUUCUCUUUCCUUUUCAAUCUCAAAUCUUAAAACCCAGAUUAUCUAGCAAAUAUUUGUUGUUUUCUCUCAAUUGUAGAAUUUGCAUCUACAGUGGGCAUGGCGAAUCGUGUUUUCAUAACUGAUCUGGAAACGUAUGCCCAUUCUGAGGAACGGAGGUCCUUUACUGCUGCCGGGAGGGGUGAUUGCCGAGAGUCCGGUCCGUCGGAAUAGAGUUUAUGGUGUGCUUACAAAAGCUUGGGCGGAUCGUAAGGAUUUCCAGGUAAAUGAAGUUGAAGAAAACCUUUAUGCUAUCUCUUUUCAUUCUGCAUCUGACCUGAUGCAUGUUCUGGAAAAUGCUCCAUGGUCUGUUGGAGGGUUUUUGUUCAAUGUUUAACGAUGGGAUCUGGUUAUGUCUUUGGCUGAAAUUGACUUCUCACUAGCCUCCUAUUGAAUACAAGUUCACGGUCUGAAUGUUGAUGAAUUGACCUACAGUAAUGCUGUUACUAUAGGCAGUAGUCUGGGGAUUUUAAUCAAAGCUGAGAACCCAAUAGUUAACAAUGUUUUAAUUUAGGGAUUUCUGAAGAUGUAGAGUUCAAAUUGAAGUUCUUAAGCCCCUUUUUGUUGGAUUCUGGUUCCAUUCUCAGAAUCAUGAGGAUAAGUGGGACGAACUAAAGUAUGAGAAGCUCUCAAACUUCUGCUAUAACUGUGGUAGGUUAGGGCACUUUGAUUCUGUGUGUGGAGAAGACAUGGUCAUGUCUUUGAAGGAUUCAAACCAACCUAUGUAUAGUAAAAGGCUGAGAACUACAUGGGUGAGAGAGACUAACAGGACCCCAGGUAGAGUUAACAAUAUUUACAAAAGCACUUCAUGUAAUCUAAGCCUAUUAUGCGCCCUUGUAGUGAGAUAUAAAAGGAAGGUACCUUGGAAUGAGAAGCCUUUUAAUACCCCUACCACUUUUGUUCAAGCAUCCCCUAAGACCAACCCACAUAUGCUAACUGAUAUUAUCCUCAUCUAGAAAGAAUCCUAAGCUCAGACUUGUUUUCUCUACCCCUUCUCCACCUAAGGACAAUGAACAUUUAAAUAUUGAAUAUGUUUUCUUGGUAGCAGUAGUGGUUUGGUGGCUGGUGAUUCAAUGAAUGAGAACCCUCUUAAUGCUGUUAACCUGGAUAUCAUUCCUGUUAAUGAGACUCUGUUUGGUAAUUCAAAAAGGGAGGAGGCAGUAGCCCAAGAACUAUUUGAAUGAACCCUAACUGUACCGUGUUUGGGGGCAAGUUUACUUUGUGGAAAUACCUGGUGAUGAGUCUGUACUAGCUGCAAAAGGGUUGGAAUAUGUUAUACCCAGAAGGCUGCCCAGCAAA